GAUUAAUCCGUUAAUUAUUUGUAUAUUAAAACUAAUUGUCUGUGAAAUCAGCGGUUAUUAUAUGAAUUAGUGGUGAAUAUACGGAUGAUUACAGACAUUGCCAUCAAGGGAUCCAUUGAACGCCACGACUGAGCGAUUGAUUGGAGAUGUUUAAGAAGUUGAAGGAAAAGGUGUCGACAGUGACCACUGAAUUACAGUCGGCACACACGAGGGCCCAGACCACCAUCCAGGGGCUCAACACACAGGCCACCCAAUACAUCGACCAACUGGUGAACAACGCUUCCAAAGAGGGCUCUAAAGAUGACUCUGAAAGCGACGGCAAGUCUGAAACACUGGGCGCCAGCGGUGGGGACACUGCCGGCGAUUUGCUUGAGUUCAACGACAACGACACCACCGAUGAGAAGUCGGUGCCCUCGAAGAACGACUCGUCUUUAGAUCAGUUCAGUUUAGUCGAGUUGGACGACGAGUCGCCGUCAAACGCGAGCCCCAACUCCGGGCCCAACGCCGUCACCAGUAGUUCUUCUCACUCAGAGAACGACUCGUUCUUCUCGAUGACACCCAUCACGAGUCCGACCAAUCAUUUUGUGCCGCAAUCGGACAUUGAGAGCGAGUAUGAGAGUGAAAGUCACUCACGGUUUCCAUCGGUGGACAACGUCUCCAAAGAACAGUUACUCGAGUUAUGCAUCAAACUGAAGGAAAGGGGAAAGAAAUACAGAGACCGGUGGACACAAGUGGUGAAAGGGUAUCGACUGCUGGUUGAGGACAAGGAGAAGAUGAAGAAAGUGUUGGCCGACACGCAGGACAAGGCGUUGCGGCGGAUGAAUGAGUUGAGAGAGCAGUCAAAUCUGGAACAACAGGCGAAACGGCAUUUGGAGGAAAACCUGCGACUCGUGAUCGACGAGAAGGACGAGAAGAUCAAAGUCUUGCAGACGAAGAUUGGGUUAUUGAAGGACAACAACGGCCUGAAUGGGGUGACCGACGAUUUGGUCGAUUUGGGCACCGAUUCAAUGCAAAAGGCGAAUGAAUUGCGAGAAAUGAGCGAAAAAGUGGAGCGAUUGGAGACACUUCUGACCCGAUGUAAGGAAUCGCUGAAAACAAACAAAGAAAGA